UCGAAUGCCCAGCUGCUUUGGGUGGCCAUCUGAGGGGGAGCACGAAUCCAACCCUGCGUCCUUCGUGAGGUCGUAUCGCGCGCCACAAGGCCGCUACAACAAAGAGCGCAGCAACCAAGAACAUGAGGGUCACGGGGCUGAGCGUUUGCUUGCUGUUGAGCGUCAUUUGUUGUCUUCACGCCGCGAAGAUUAAGGAUCCCGCGUUUUGCCCGCUAAGGAUGAGGGAUAGGGUGCAAGUCAUCCAAUGCACCUGGCAGCGCAUGUCAGCAAGCCUCCAGUAUCGCCUGCAGCAGGUUAUGGAGUACAAUCGCCUGGACGUCCCGUCACUGGCGAGGUUUAUCUGCAUGCCGCAAUCAGCAUUUACUUUGCGCAAAGUAUUUUCGAAAAAACAAAUCAAGGAAGGAAUCCAGGCAGGAAAGUGGUGCAUGCGCCGAAUAAGGAUUGCUCCGAAUGUGGAGCCCAACGGUUUUGAAUAAACUCAACAAGAACGGCUGGCUUUAGACUCUCAUUCUUCUCCGACCUUGAGUUUUUUCUUCACUAUGCUAUAAUCACAUUGUUCCAGAAUGAAUAAAGGCUACUAAAUCGGC